AUGACCACUGCUGAAGAGCAAGCGAUACAACACAAGAAUGCUGGAAAUAAGGCAUUCGCAGCACACGACUGGCCAAAAGCUGUCGAGUGCUAUACAAAGGCUAUAGAACUGAACGACAAGGAGCCCACCUUCUUCUCCAACCGAGCGCAGGCAAACAUCAAGUCCGAAGCGUACGGUUAUGCGAUUGCCGAUGCGACGAAGGCGAUUGAACUCAACCCAAAGUUCAUCAAGGCGUACUUCCGGAGAGGCCUUGCCUACGCUGCCAUUCUAAAGCCCAAGGAUGCGCUUAAGGACUUUAAACAAUGCGUCAAGCUCGACCCGAGUAACAAAGAUGCCAAGUUGAAGCUCUCGGAAUGCCAGAAGAUUGUGCGCCAAUUAGACUUCUUCGCCGCCAUUGAGGUCGGUGAAGAGCCAUCUGCGGCCGAGGGGCUCGACCUCGAGUCCAUGGUAGUAGAACCCGGAUACGACGGUGUACGACUGGGCGACGAGAUGACGCAAGAGUUUAUCGACGAUAUGACGGAGCGAUUCAAGAACGGAAAGAAGAUCCACAGGAAAUAUGUCUACCAAAUCGUCAUUGCUGUGAAGAAGCUUUUGUACGAUGAGCCGACAAUGGUAGAGAUGGAGAUUCCAGACGAUGUCAAGCUAACAAUCUGUGGAGAUACUCAUGGCCAAUACUUCGAUUUGAUGGAGCUGUUUAGGAGAAAUGGAACGCCCAGCGACAAGCAUUACUACCUGUUUAACGGCGACUUUGUUGACCGGGGAUCAUGGUCCACGGAAAUUGCACUCUUGUUAUAUGCGAACAAGUGGCUCAGACCCAAGUCGUUCUUCCUUAACCGUGGUAACCACGAGACGGAUGAUAUGAACCGAAUUUAUGGCUUUGAGGGCGAGUGCAGGGCCAAGUACAACGAGAGGGUUUUCAAGCUGUUCUCGGAAAGCUUCUCGGCCUUGCCUCUGGCGACAUUGGUCGGCCAGAAGUAUCUUGUCCUCCACGGUGGGCUCUUCUCCGACGACAACGUCACCCUGGACGACAUCCGCAAGCUCGAUAGACAUAACCAGCGACAACCUGGCCAGUCUGGUCUCAUGAUGGAGAUGCUGUGGACCGAUCCUCAAGAUCAGCCUGGUCGCGGACCCAGCAAGAGAGGAGUCGGUCUUCAAUUCGGUCCAGACAUCACGAAGCGGUUCUGCGAGAAGAAUGGAUUGGAGGCCGUCAUCAGGAGUCACGAAGUUCGUAUGGAUGGUUAUGAGGUGCAACAUAACGGCAGGUGUAUUACUGUCUUCUCUGCUCCCAGGUAUUGCGAUGCGACGGAAAACAGGGGCGCUUACAUCAACGUUGGCCCUGACUAUAAGCUCGAGUUUGAACAAUUUGAUGCUGUUCCUCAUCCUGAUAUUAAGCCAAUGGCGUACGCACACAGCUCCCUCAUGUCAUCACUGAUGUGA